AUGGGAGGCUUUCGAGACCUUUGGCUGCGGUGGAAGAUGCUCCGCUUGCCGUGGAGGAAGAGGUUCUUAGUCGGACAAGACCUCUACGGCAACACUUUCUGGGAGUUUAAAGAUGCCCUCAACCACAACCGAUGGCGUCGUAUGGUGAAAGGUCGCCGACGAGCCACUCUCUCCUCCCUUUCAGAUGUCCAGAUCUCCCCUCAAUGGCAUCAAUGGCUUCGCCAAACCCGCCACGAUCCUCCGACUCUACAGGAGCAAGCCGCCGAUGUGCAGAGACAGGCCCAACUGAAGAUUAAUGCCAGGAUGGCCGACGAAAGAUGGGCUGCAAAGGCAAGGUACAUUGAGAAACCAAAGCCAUCAGUCAUCACUCCGCUGUUGUCUGGUGACCCUCAACAAGAUCGAGCUCGAGCAGAACAUAGCCCCGGCCAGCCGCGACAAUCAGAAAAGAUGAGCAACAGUGUCGAGAGCAACAAGGACCAGCAGAUGAAAUCAGGGGUCACAGGCUCAAAUCCCGGCGCAAACUGGGCUCCGGACACAUGGGUUCCCUCACCAAAACGAUGA